UUUUUUAUUAUUUUCUCUCUCCUCUAUUUGCAGUUUGGUCAUUGUGCCGAUUUAGAAAUAAGCAUACCCAAUAAUCAGGGUAUAGACGGUGCCUUUUACCGUCUAGACUAUAGUCCGCCAUAUGGUUAUCCGGAACCAAAUACAACAAUUGCCUCCAAUGAAAUUGGUGAUGAAAUACAAUUUUCGCGUGCUUUACCCGGUACGAAAUACACAUUCUGGCUGUACUAUACCAAUGGUACACAUCGUGAUUGGCCAACAUGGACAGUGUCCAUAACUACAGCACCUGAUCCACCCUCCAACCUAUCCGUGCAGGUGCGUAGCAGUAAAAAUGCCAUAAUACAAUGGUCUCCACCGCUGCAAGGCAACUAUACAGCAUUUAAAAUCAAGGUCUUAGGCCUAUCGGAAGCUUCCGGUUCAUAUAAUAGAGUAUUUAAUGUCAAUGAGUCAACAUUCCAACACAGUGCUAAAGAGCUGACACCGGGUGCCACAUAUCAGGUGCAGGCCUACACCAUUUACGAUGGCAAAGAAUCGGUGGCCUAUACAAGUCGUAAUUUUACCACAAAACCCAAUACACCGGGUAAAUUUAUUGUAUGGUUUCGUAAUGAAACCACUUUAUUGGUCCUUUGGCAGCCACCAUAUCCUGCCGGCAUUUACACACAUUACAAAGUCUCGAUAGAACCACCAGAUGCGCUGGAAAGUGUUUUGUAUGUGGAAAAGGAGGGUGAACCACCAGGACCAGCACAGGCAGCAUUUAAGGGUUUAGUUCCGGGCCGGGCAUAUAAUAUAUCGGUACAAACCGUGUCAGAAGAUGAGAUAUCUUUACCCACCACCGCACAUUAUCGUACAUUACCGUUACGUCCAUUAAAUGUAACAUUUGACAAGGACUAUAUAACAUCGAAUUCAUUUCGAGUGAUGUGGGAGGCACCGAAAGGUGUAUCCGAGUUUGAUAAGUACCAGGUAUCUUUAGCCAACUCGAGACGACAAUCAACAACAACAGUACCGCGUACCAAUGAUCCCAUAGCCUAUUUCGAUUUCCGUGAUAUACCAGAGCCGGGAAAGACAUUCAAUGUUAUUGUUAAAACCGUCUCGGCAACAUCAUGGGCCGCCAAGGUAACAUCAUGGCCCGCCACUGGAGAUGUAACGCUGAGACCCUUGCCAGUACGGAGUUUGCGUUCAUUCAGUGGUGAUUCUAGCAACAGCAUGAUGAUUAACUGGGAACCUGAUCCAACUUCGACCCAAGAUGAAUAUCGUAUUGUCUAUCAUGAAUUGGAGACGUUUAAUGGUGACACCAGUACCCUAUCCACUGAUCGCACACGUUUCAAUUUGGAAAGUCUUUUGCCGGGGCGUAACUAUUCUGUGUCCGUACAGGCUCUUUCAAAGAAAAUGGAAUCUAAUGAAACAACAAUAUUUGUGGCAACACGACCAUCCUCACCCAUCAUUGAAGAUUUGAAGAGCAUUAGAAUGGGCCUCAACAUCAGCUGGAAAAGUGAUGUCAAUUCCAAGCAGGAACAAUAUGAAGUACUGUACACACGUAAUGGCACCUCUGAGGUAAGGACUCUUUUCACCAAGGAAUCACGAUUGGUAAUUAAAAAUCUACACCCAGGAGCUGGUUAUGAGGUCAAGGUGUUUGCUGUCAGUCAUGGCUUGCGGAGUGAACCCCAUUCAUAUUUCCAGGCGGUUUAUCCCAAUCCGCCACGUAAUUUAACCAUUGAAACGGUACGCAGCAAUUCCGUCUUGGCCGGGUGGGCUCCUCCGGAAAAUAGUGACUUCACAGAAUACAAUAUACGCUAUCGCACUGAAAGUGAACAACAAUGGGUACGUCUGCCCAGUGUACGCUCCACCGAGGUCGAUAUUACCGACAUGAUCAAGGGUGAAAAAUAUACCAUUCAAGUGAAUAGUGUAAGCUUUGGUGUAGAAAGUCCCAAUCCCCAAGAGGUUAAUACCACAGUACCACCCAAUCCUGUCUCGAAUAUAAUUCCCUUGGUGGAUUCACGUAAUAUUACCUUGGAGUGGCCCAAACCAGAGGGUCGUGUUGAGUCGUACAUUCUUAAAUGGUGGUCCACAGACGAUGAAUCGAAAACCCAAAUGAAAAAUGUUUCCGAAAAUAAAUCAACCGAUGACAUUUCCACGGUCCGAAUACUAAUUGGCGACCUGAUGCCGGGUGUGCAAUAUAAAUUUGAUAUACAAACAACUUCGUAUGGUAUAUUCUCCGGUACCACUCAUCUUUCAACACGCACAAUGCCUUUGAUACAAUCCGAAGUGGUGGUGGUCAAUGAUAAACAGGAAGAUGAACGUGAUGCAAUUACCCUGUCCUAUACACAUACUCCCCAAUCAUCGUCGAAAUUCGAUAUCUAUCGCUUCUCAUUAGGUGAUCCAGAAAUCAAAGAUAAAGAAAAACUUGCCAAUGAUACUGACCGCAAGGUCACCUUUACCGGUCUGGUACCAGGUCGUCUAUAUAACAUCACAGUUUGGACUGUUAGCGGUGGUGUUUCCAGUCUACCCAUACAAAGACAAGAUCGUCUAUUCCCCGAACCCAUAACCCAGCUGCAUGCCACCAAUAUAACCGAUACUGAAAUCUCUCUGAAAUGGGAUAUGCCCAAGGGCGAAUUCAAUGAUUUCGAUGUACAAUACCUGACCGCCGACAAUAUACUUGCACAAAAUAUAACAACACGCAAUGAAAUCACCAUAACCGAUUUAAAACCGCAUCGCAAUUAUACAUUUACAGUGGUUGUACGUUCCGGUACCGAAUCAUCGGUAUUGCGAAGUAGUUCUCCUCUGUCGGCCAGUUUUAGUACCAAUGAAGCGGUACCUGGUCGUGUGGAAAGAUUUCAUCCGAUAAAUGUGGAACCCAGUGAAAUACUGUUUGAAUGGCUACUGCCACAAAGUGUAGCUAAUGGGAUUAUUCGGCAAUUCUCCAUAACCUAUGUGAAUAUAAAUAAUGCUACGGAAGGGAAAACAGUAGAUUUUGAUUCAUCCGAAUCGACGGGUUCGAUAAAGAGUUUGAAACCCGGAGAAACAUAUGUUUUUAAAAUACAAGCCAAAACUUCAAUUGGUUAUGGACCGGAAAGGGAAUAUAAACAGACAAUGCCGAUAUUGGCACCACCCAAACCCGCAACACAAGUUGUACCCACGGAAGUUUAUCGCAGUUCAUCGACCAUACAAAUACGUUUUCGUAAAAAUUAUUUCUCCGAUCAAAAUGGUGUGGUGAGUAUAUUUU